AUGCGAACACAGCUCAAAAGGCUACAGCAGACUAUGGAGAAUGCCAUUGUGAGAACAGCGCCACAGAUGAAUGCCCGAGAAGUGUCCAAUGUCAUUUGGGCAGUGGAAAAGCGGUACGCACAAGAUCCUGAUUCUGAAUGUCCUUCAAGGCUGGUGCCUGUGCUGGCAGGGCGGUUACCAGCUGUGAUUUCAGUCAUGGAGGGUCAAAGUGUCGCCAACGUGAUUUGGGCAGCGGUAAAGCUUGCCACCAGCGGUGCAUCUCAAGAUUUGCUAAUUCUGCUGCCUUCUCUAGUGGACAGGGCACAAGAAGUUGCUUCUGUCAUGAAUGCCCAAGAUAUAUCUAAUGUGAUUUGGGCGACUGGACAGCUUGUUGCUGAUCCCAUCCAUUCCUCCGCAUCCCAGAGGCUGCGUGAGCUGCUGCCGGAUGUGGUAGUUCGAGCAAGAGAUGUGCUGCCUGUUGCCAAUCCGCAAUCACUCGCAAACUCGUGCUGGGGCCUGGCAUUGUGUGAUUACCAUGAUGAAGGCUUGCUGCAAGCCGUGGCAUCCAAAGUGGUAGCUGAAGCUGCUGCAUGGCAGCCACGCGGAGCUGAGCUGGACUUGCCCUCAGUGAUUUUCGCUUUUGCCAGGCUGAAGCGUACGGGUCAUGAUGACAUGCUGGGCGUUGCAGCUGAAAAGCUCGUGCCCAUGCUUCUCAGAAUCAAUGACUGGGGCCUUUGUGCCUUGACCUGGUCCUACUCGGAGCUGGAUUUCAGCAACAACUUCCUCUCGUUUCGUCACAGUUUGGAGGCGGAGGUUGCGCGCCGUGGGUUCUCAGAUCAGGACGUUGAGCGCAGUCGCCAGGGGCCUGAGACAUGGCGUAAGCACCCUGGGCACUCAAUCUAA